AUGUUGGAGUUACGGUAAGUUACCAACUUUUUAAUUAAAAAAAAUUUUUUUUUUAAUGUUUUCAGUGAAAAAGUUGAGUACUUAACAAAAUUUUACGAAUCUUACGAUUUUUACGGUUUCCUAGACCACUUUAAGGCCCCAUUUUAAGGCCCCACAUGAAAUUUUCCCAGGUCUGACCUAAAAUUUCCCAAGUGUGACAUAAAAUUUCCCAGGUCUGACCUAAAAUUUCCCAGAUCUGACCUAAAAUUUCCCAGGUCUGACCUAAAAUUUCCCAGGUCUGACCUAAACAAACCUAUCCUAACUCAAUCGCACCCAAAUCCCAACAAACCAAAAAUUAUUUCAGGGUUCGAAAAACUAUAUAGACGAAAUAGCCAACAUCUACCUGAUAGCAAAAUGCUGCUGUGAUGACAAUAAAAUCGCAAUCUAUUGCCAUUUCCUAGGGUUUGUGGUUUUUUCCGGUUUUUUGUCGUCGUCCACCUUUUUUUUAAAUUGAACCGGUUUUCUUUACGUUUAGUUUGGUAACCUUUUCUUUGUUCUAGCAAAAAACAAAAAAAAUUUUUUUUUUUUUUUUGAAAAAAAUUUUUUCCAGAGAAUGCGCUGGUUUCGUCAUCGAUUCAACGUUUUCCGAUGAAAGUUUUCUUCAGCAAAAUGAAAUUAAAUAUGGCCAAACUUUUUCCGAAACAUUUUUACAAUUAAAUGCUGUUGAUUCCAAUAAUUGUGAGUUGGGGAUUUUUUUGAGAGCAGGAUCUUGCUCAGCAAAAAAUUCUGACCCAGCCGGGUUCGAACCCUGGUCUCUGACUCACUAAGCAAAGCUUUACCCAGCUACACCACAUGUGUACAUCUGCAUUUUUCCAGCAUUAUUUCUACAUCGAAAUCCUGAUUUCCUCUACGAACUUCCAUUCAAUGUCACGAAUUUUGUCGAUCCGCAAAAAGGAAGAGAACGUGCACAGCAUUUUGCACAAUCUGUCAAAAAACAUGUGGUAUGUGGAGGAUUUUUUAUCAAAAAUUUGUAUUUUUUAUUAAAAAAAAUAAAUUCAGAAGCCCGCAAGCUUAUUGGAAUAUUCUGUCAAGACUUCUGGAAUCAAUAACACACAUUUCAAGCAAAUUUUAUUUGAUGAUUUAUCGAAAGCCACAGAUCCUUUGAGAUCUUUGAUUGAUUCAUUCAUCGAAAAAAUUUCCAUAUUCGGAAGAUAUCAAAACUCUGACAGUGAAUCAGAAAAUUCGCGAUUUUUAUCAAAAUUCAUCUUCGAAACGCAUCUCAAAUAUUCUUCAAAAAAUAAAUUCGAAUAUUAA